AGAUAAAAAAAAAAACACGCUUGGUGUGAGAUAAGUUGAAUUUUGAAAAGUUGCUUCUUACAGGAUCCCAGUCGCCAGUUUCGCUCACCAUGGAAGAGAACGCAUUUCAUCCUGAUCUGAUUCACGCCAUCUUCAAGCUCGAGUGGAGCAGAAGAUCACUUGAGCGCGAGAAAAAUGAGAAUCCGGAUGCUAUGGAUUGUGAGGUUGACGCUGGAACAUCCAAGAAGAGCAGGCCGAUGUCAGCCAAUGCAAAUGCUCUUAAAUUGAGCUCUAAACUUGUACAAAUUUUUGUCUCAGAGGCUGUGCAGCGCGCUGCAACAAUUGCUGAAGCAGAAGGUAUUAACAGAAUUGAAGCCACUCAUUUGGAGAGAAUUCUUCCGCAGUUACUACUGGAUUUUUGAGGUAGCAUUCCAUUCCACACAAUUCGAUGUCUUGCUCUUGAAGGUUAAGUUCUUGAUUUAUCGAAGUGAUUAUUUGGCCUGUAUCAGUCAUUAAUGAGUAAGUUUGCUGAUAUGAAAGAUGUCUCACAAACUUAAUGAGAUUGGGAGGGGGGGAGUGGUUUGCAAUUGGGAGAGUUGGGGAGACUUCUCAAGUUUUGUAGUCUUCUUCUGAUCCCAAUACAAACAUCAAUCUGGUUCAUCAGUCCAAUUAUAACUGAGUGCUUCAUAGUCUAGAGAAUACAGCUUGGUGUUGAUGUGGAUAAAUUUCUCAAUGAAAGAACUUUCAAUCCGUUAAAAAAUGUCUAUGAAGCUGGGUCUUGGUGUUGUCAAGUUAUAAUGGCUUCUAUAAUAGAUUCCUCUAUAAUCAGUUAAAAAAAUGUAUUUCCAGGAGAACCAGGCAGCUAGUAAAAGAACUUGUAUGAGAAGGGUGCCUGAUUCAUGUU